AUGUUCAAAACUGUUUACAGCCUGGCAAAAGCAUGUAGACCAAUUUCACAUAUAGAAGAAUUGAUAGAGUUGCAAACUGAAAAUAGAGUAGAUCUUGGAAUAGGAUUGCAUUCAAGGCCAACAGUUGUGAAAAUAGUUGAGUGCAUUGCUAGGAAAAUUAAAACCGAGAUGUUUUCCAGCAUCAUUGCACAGAACCUGAAAAUAUGUUUGAUCAUUGAUGAAGCCUCAACGGUAUCCUGCAAACCAGUUUUGAUAGUUUUCGUGAAAGUUGAGGACUCAGAGAACCCACCAACAAUUUUUGUUGAACUUGUUGAAUUGAAGAAACAAGAUGCAGAGACAAUAUGUAGUACAGUUCUGGAAAGUUUACAUAAGGUUGAGUUUACCCAGAACUACCUACAAAAAAAUUUAAUAGCGUUUUGCUCUGAUGGUGCUAGCGUUAUGCUUGGGAGAAAAUCUGGAGUGAGCACUAGGAUAGCAAAAGAGUUUCCAAACAUCAUCAUAUGGCACUGCUUGAACCAUCGCCUCCAACUUGUGUUAGAUGACGCCAUAAAGGAAAUAAAACAAAAUCAUUUAAAAAUAUUUAUUGAUAAGAUAUGCUCUAUUUUUCAGCAAUUCAAUAAGAACCAAAUUGAACUUGACGAAAUAUCUGAAGAACUUGACAUUAUCAUUGUAAAGAUUGGUAGAGUUUUUGGGCCAAGUUGGGCUGCCUGUAGUUUAAGGGCAACCAUAGCUGUAUGGCGUGCUUAUCCAGUGCUACAUCAGUAUUUUCAUGCGAAUGCAAAAUACUCAGGUAUGGCUGUCUGUCUGGAAAAUAAAUAUUUUUUAAAUGAUUUGGCGUUGAUUGACAUUCUGGAAGAAAUCUCACUUUUUUCAACUGCACUUCAAGCAAGCAGUACGGUCAUCAUAAAGGCUGAGAAACUGGUGAGAAGAUCAAUGAAAGCAUUUGAACUGCUUGCAAAGGAAAUCAUCGAUUUGUUGGACUUCAUCAGGAAAGACUUUUAG